CACUAUUUAAACGUUUCUGUCACACAUAUCUUCAUUCCUCCUUCUCCCCCAAGAUGUCUUCGCUGCACCCUCUCGCCCAGCUUCAUAUGGCACUCCCUAACCAGUCGGAUCCCAAUGUCUCCUCCAGCUCGAUCCAUCUUCCCCUUACCGUCCUCGACACCUUGGUGCCUGGUUCCUCUCACCUCGCGUCUUUCCUGCUUGGCUUCGGCCUCGAUGUCUCCUUGUUUGUAUCGUGGGGUGCUCUCCUGACCACAGUCUGGGCCGCGCUCCAUUUCGGCCUGGUACCUGCGUAUCAAAUUGCCGUCAAAGCACUCAGCUCGUCGGUGAUCGUGGAAGAAUAUGAUCCCAUCUACAAUCAUGUCCUCAAUUGGGCCAGCGCCCAAAAGUAUCUGCAAGAUAUCCGCUCCCUCCGGGCCCACACCGCAGGACAAUACUACGACGACCUGGAAGAUCAUGACGAGGAUGACGGCCUGCAGAUGCGGUUUCGGGAGAGCCUGUCCGAGGACACGAUCUUUAACUUCAACAACUGGUCUGCCCGCGCCCCGCCCACUUUUCGACCUCAUUCUUCGUCAGGCUGGUUCUUCCACAAUCACCGGUUGUUCAAAUUGUACCGAAGUCGCGAUCGCGUUGCCAGCGACUUCACUGGUGCCGUGUACGAGAGGGAACGGCUUGAAAUCUCGGUUAUCUGGUUGUCUCCCAAGCCAAUCAAGAACAUGAUUCAGGAGGCCCGAGAAUUCCACCUGAUCCGUCGCACGUCCACAACCACAAUCAAGCGCCCUACCCCCAAGUCUCAGCGAUCGGGCCGUGGGCAAGCUUGGACCACUAUCGCGAACAGGCCCAGCAGAUCCAUGGCCACGGUCGUGCUGGACAACGACCAGAAGGCGGCCAUCCUGAAAGACUUCAACGACUUCCUGCACCCACGGACGGCGCGGUGGUACAGCAAUCGCGGCAUCCCCUAUCGUCGAGGUUACCUCUUCCACGGUCCGCCAGGAACUGGCAAGACCUCGUUGUCUUUUGCCCUUGCGGGGGUGUUUGGGCUGGACAUAUAUUGUCUCGCGCUGUCCGAGGCCACCUUGACCGAAGAAGACCUGAUCUUGCUCUUCAACAGUCUCCCAAAGCGGUGCAUUCUGCUACUUGAGGACAUAGACAGCGCCGGCCUAGGUAGAGCGCCCGGCGCGAGGGGCAUAGAAAAGCAAGAGACGACGAAGCCGCUGCCAUCGAGUAAAGAUACCCAACCACCGACGAAGCCUGCUGGAGGGAGAGGCGACAAAGACGGCUCCGCUGGAGGUGCGGGCAAGGCAUCAGAUCAGCCCCACUCGUUCGGGAAAGACCCGACGUUCAAGAACACGCUCACCUUCGCGGGCCUCCUGAACGCCAUCGACGGCGUGGCGAGCCAGGAGGGCCGAGUCCUCAUCAUGACGACCAACCACCUGGAGAGACUGGACGAGGCCCUGACCCGGCCGGGGCGGAUCGAUCUGACCAUCGAGUUCGACCUGGCCACCAAGCAGCAGAUCAAGGAUCUCUUUCUGCGCAUGUACUGCGUCGACUCGGCCGAGAUGAGAAGGCAGCCGACGAAGAUCAGCCACAUACUGCCGAACCAGGGAGAGCCCGAUUGGUCCAGCGCGAACGCGUUCAAGGACGGCGACGGCGUUCACGCCGAGUAUCGAAACGCGCCAGAGCCAUGGCUUGGACUGUCGAGGGAGGCUCCCGACGGCGGCGCCUCGGUCGUCGACCUGGCGGAGCGGUUCGCCGCCGCUCUCCCCGAGCGGACGCUGUCGCCGGCGGAGAUCCAGGGGUUUCUCCUGGUGCGGAAGAAGUGCCCCGCGCAGGCUGUGGUGGACGUGGUCGAAUGGCGGGAUGAGCAGCUGCAGAAGAAGACCGAGGCAAACGCGGCAAAGGAGGCGGCGGCCAAAGCCACGGGACUUGACGACGAGGGGAACACGAAGUCGAGCGAAGGGGUCAAGAUGGCGAGCUCGUCCUCACGCAAGCAAGACGCAACAUCUGACCUUCAGCACAAGGGAGUGGGGGGGAUGCAGAACGCGCCGGUCAGGGAGCUAACAGGCCAGCAGGACGGCCAAGACGCCAUGGAUCCAACGUCGUCACGCCCAGGUGAGCCAGACGCCGAAUCCGCGACGAUCGCACCUCGAGAUCAGACCGACGACAAAGACGACGAGGACGGGACCAUGACGGACGGCGGAGACCUCUGCGGCGGUGCAGCAUACGACCCUGACCCAGACACUGCCGACGAUGACAGCACCGACGGCGGCGCCCACAACCGCGACCGCGACCGCGACUACAGCCUCUCCCCGCGUCCCUCGCGACCCUGGUUCCCGCACGCACGCACGGGUGCCGGACGAGGCGGCCGCGGUCGCCUUGUAGACGGCGACGACGACGCUGAUGGCGAUGGCGAUUGCGAUUGCGAUUCCGACUCCGAGUCGGAGCUGUGACGAUGACCGUGAUGACUGCGCUUCUUAGGACUCGGUGAGAGGCUAUUUCCUUGCGUCCGGGUCGGAGGUCGGUAGAUUGAUGCGUGUCGUCUCUUAUGUGGUAAUGGUGGUGGUGGUGGUGGUGGUGUGGUCGAUGCAGAGCUUGAUAUUGAUGUUGGACAUGGUCUCGGGAAGAGGGGGAAAAGAUAGUAUCCAAAAUAUACCAAGUACAUACAUACGUACAUACAUACAUACGUACAUGCGUCGAAAGACAUAUAAAUGGCGGGCACAUAUACGAGAUGUAGCGGGAGAGCCCAAAUACACCAUGAUC